UUACUUUCGCAUCUUACUACCACUCAGUCUAUCUUGGCCCGGCGAGUUGAACAUACGUAUUCAUUAUAUUCCGCUUUGCCCCACCAUCCAUGGCAAGCUCCCCCCUCAGCCCCUCAGUCAUGGACCACAACAACCCAACCGACAUGGCCGGUCUAGUCUCUCCUCUCACCCCAAACACAGCAAACAACAGGACACUAUCAAACUCGAAUCCUCCAUUCACUCCUCGCUCAACGACGCAUUACGAGUCCGAUUCCGAGUUUGGCGACAGUGCACAACACAUCCAUACUCCCGAAGCUUCAGAAGACGGCCCUCACUAUGAUGACCUCCCUCCAACCUACGAGCAAGCGCAAGCCUCGGUCCCCUCAGGGAAUGGUUCUAGUCUCUAUCGCGCGCCUCCAGCUGAAACACGUGUCCAGCCAGAUGGGGACGUGGGCGACCUACAGCGAAGCUUCUCUUUGAAUCGAAUGGUAUACGAUGAUUCCUUACCCAUUCCUCUGAGCAGCAAUCAAAACACCCAUGUCUCAGGACGUGGCAAUGUGAGCAGGGACAAUAUUCCUGUGGAUGACACUGCAGCUGGACAGCAAUCGAAUAUUGCUGUAAAUCAGCUACCUAGCUAUGGCUCGGUCACAUCUGGCGUCCGGAAUGCACAGCCCGCCCAACAGCACCGAGACCCGAGGGAGAAUAUUCUGGAGCAAGCAUUAUCAUUCACUUUGACAGAACCAGACCCGGAUGUCCAAAGAGCGCCAGAACUCUCGCGGAAAAUUGCAAUCCCACCAUCUUCGCUAGUAAACGGAUCCACACAAUUCUUGAGGGCAUACAGCAAAGCACUCAAUUUUCACGCCAUCAAUCCUGAGCAAUUCGCUGCUUUCAUAGAUGGACUCAAUGUCAUCUGUCGCCUUGAAGGCUUCUCUUCGGAGAAUGCGGCUGAAUUUGACAACUCGGAGUGUCUCCUGGCUUCCUAUCUUGCUGGUGCAAAUGAAGGCUUCUUCGCCCCUCGGGGUCUGAAAGUCAGGCUCAGCGAUCUGCGCUCUCUUCUAGCAGCCCUUGGAAUGCUCAAUGAAGAGCGGAUCAGUCAAGUUCUUCUGAGUAUUAGGUCAUUCGAGUCUGAUCCAAAGCAGAAAGCAGAUGUUCUCAACCCAUCUGCCGAACCUCUCAGCUUCGAUGUGCCCGAACCAGGAUCCCAGACCAUUGCUUUGCAUGCUCAAGCUGCGCACUUGGCUCCUCGACGUUCCAACACGGUCUCUGCCCGAAGUGUUCAGGAGAGUGUCCCCGAGUCAACUGUGUACCAUUCCGCACAAUCCGAGCUCCCAGCAACCCGUUCAGUUCAAGAGCUGCCCAACCCAGCAAUUCACUCUCCUGUUCAGAACGAUGUCCCACACCACGUCCACUCCGAACUUCCUGCCGAGCGUGAACCCCUCGAACUUGACGCUGGACCAGUACCGAAUUCUCCCUCAAACCACCCACACGCUCCUCGCCCUCUCGAAGCCAACCCGGUACGAGAUACCCCUGAGUCAGCCAGCGGCAAAAACAACCAGACAUUGGCUGCCUGGGGCGAAGAUUUUGGCGCACGCAUCGGCAAAUGGGGCGAGCAGUUUGGCCAGGACAUGGCUAAAAAGGGUGAAGCAUUCGGUCAGGCCGCUGCGCAGCAUGCUGAGGAACUCUCCCGACAUCUAGCCUCGUCCGCAGAGAGCAGUGCACAGGGAGCGCGACGAGGCUAUGGUAACCGUUGGGGACCCUCGAUGGGAGGACCGUUUGGCCGUGCACCGUUCGGCGGUCCAUUUGGUGCUGUAUGUAGACCUGGCGGUCCCUUUGGAAGAUCGCCAUUCGGUGGUCCAUUCGGUACUGCUCCGUUCGGUGGCUCUGCUGGUCCAUAUGCCGGACGAGGAGGCGCCUGGGGAGGCGGAUGCCGCCCAUAUGGAAACCCAUGGCUUGCACGCGGUGCACACCACGUCUCUUUGGCCGGACCCGGCGGACCACAUACGCGACACUCUACAAAUGCCCAACAAACCGGCAUAGUCGACGACAAUGAUAACGACAACGACGACGCCCUCUCCAUAUCCUCCUCGUCCUCCUCAUCAUCAUCCUCAUCCGCAUCCUCAUCCUCAUCUCUCGAGACCGCCCAGAAAGAGCACCUCAAACGCAUAGCCAGCAUCAAUGCACGCGCCGCCACGUCACAGUCCAAACACAUACCCACCAUCCAAAUCGAAGCCGACCGCGCCCACGCCCUCGCCAAGGCUCAGAAAGACCUACAGAAAGCAACUACGAAACAUGCGAAGAGCGUCGCCAAGCGGGAUAUUCACCGCCAGGUGCGCGCUAUGGAGCGUGACUUGCACAAGCAGUACCGCGUGCGCCUGCAUACAGCACAUAGGGCGCUCGUGUCUGGCACCGCCGCUGCGGAUGUCGAGCUCGCGACUGGUGGAGGUGUGCGGGCGAGGGGCAAGGGCAGGAGGGAUAUCAAGGCGGAGAGGAGGAGGUGGAAGGAGGAGAGGAAGAGGAUUAGGGAUGUGUACAAGGCGAGUGUCAAGGAGUUGAAAGGGUGGAGGAAGGAUAUGGAGAGGGAGCUGGACAGGAGUAUGGAGAAGGGGGUGCCUGUGGGCAUGAGUGCGAGUGCGAGCGUGGCGGGUGGGUUGGAGGUUGAUGAGAAGGCAGCGGCGCGGGCGAUGAUAUCAGAGGCGGAGAUGGCCAACAUGCCGAGUGAAAGGAGCAACGAGAGAAGUAACGUGGAUGUUGCCGAUGAGAUAUGGAUUUUGGUCGAGAAUCUAAGGGAUUGAGAUGGAGAUAAGAUACUAAGCUGAUAUUUCAUAUCCGGCGGACUUACGCUUUUUGUGGUCUUGUCAACCAGCACGAUUACAAUCUUUAUAGCCUCCUAUGACCACCAAAUGCCGACGUUCUUAAUGGAAGAGACACCAACGCCACGUCCCGCCUCAAAUGGGAGCAUCACCUUCCAAGCCAUCUCACUUGGCCAUCCCCA